AUGAUGCAACAACCCAUUAUCGUAAUGAACACCAACAUGGAACGAGAAACAGGUCGUAAAGCUCAAUUAUCUAAUAUUACAGCUGCCAAAACUGUCGCAGACAUCAUCCGAACAUGUCUAGGACCACGCGCAAUGUUGAAAAUGCUGCUAGAUCCGAUGGGAGGAAUUGUAUUGACAAAUGAUGGGAAUGCUAUAUUGAGAGAAAUCGAAGUUGCGCACCCUGCUGCAAAGUCAAUGAUUGAGUUGUCGAGAACCCAGGACGAGGAGGUUGGGGAUGGGACUACGAGUGUUAUCAUCCUAGCUGGAGAAGUACUAUCAUCCGCCCUGCCCUUCUUGGAACGAUCCAUUCACCCAAUCACCAUCAUUGGCGCAUUCAAACGAGCACUCGAAGAUGCACUUAUAAUCAUUACCGAUAUUGCCGUCCCCGUAAACAUUCAGGAUCGUACAGAAAUGCUUCGCUUGAUUAAAUCAACUAUUGGGACAAAGUUUGUGGCUCAAUGGAGUGAUUUAAUGUGUGGGUUGGCUUACGAUGCUGUGAAAUGUGUUGCUCAGGAAGUUGAUGGCAAACGUGAGAUUGAUAUCAAGCGUUAUGCUCGUGUUGAAAAGGUACCCGGUGGCGAGAUUGAACAAUCCGAAGUAUUGGACGGCAUUAUGGUCAACAAGGACGUUACUCAUCCCAAGAUGCGUCGUCGUAUUGAAAAUCCUCGAGUCAUGCUCUUGGAUUGUCCAUUGGAAUACAAGAAGGGUGAAUCUCAAACCAAUGUUGAGGUCACGGAUGAAGCUCAUUGGGCUCGCUUGUUGGAAAUUGAAGAAGAACAAGUCAAGGAAUUGUGUGAUCAUAUCGUUAGGCUUAAACCUGAUUUGGUGUUUACUGAGAAGGGAGUUUCUGACCUGGCUCAACACUACUUGAUGAAGGCCAACAUCAGUGCCAUUCGACGUGUCCGGAAGACCGACAACAAUCGUAUUGCUCGAGCUACUGGAGCUACCAUUGUCAAUCGUGUCGAGGAUUUGAACGAGAAUGAUAUUGGAACUGGUUGUGGAUUGUUUGAAGUUCGUCAAAUUGGUGACGAAUACUUUACCUAUCUAGUCCAAUGUAAAGAUCCCAAGGCAUGCACCAUUCUCUUACGAGGUCCAUCAAAAGAUAUCCUGAACGAAGUAGACCGAAACUUGAUGGAUGCCAUGUCUGUAGCUCGGAACGUCAUGUUUGAACCACGAUUGUGUCCUGGUGGUGGAGCAACUGAAAUGGCUUUGGCUGUACGAUUGGGUGAAAAGGCCAAAUCCAUUAGUGGAGUUGAACAAUGGCCAUACAAGGCACUUGCCGAGUCUUUGGAAGUCAUUCCAAGAACUUUGGUACAGAAUUGUGGUGGUAAUGCUAUCAAGACCCUUACUCAAUUGCGCGCCAAGCAAGCUGAGGGAUUCUCUUCAUUCGGUAUUGAUGGAAUUACUGGCAAUGUAGUCGACAUGAAGGAAUAUGGAGUAUGGGAACCUCAUGCAGUCAAGGCUCAAACGAUCAAGACUGCUGUCGAAUCUGCAUGCUUGUUACUACGAGUUGACGACAUCGUCUCUGGUGUCUCCAAAAAGGGAUCUGGUGGCGGUCAAAUGGCAGGACCUCAAGAAGGUGGUGAAGGUGAUGAAGGCCAAAUGGAGGAGGGUGGUGAACGUUAA